CCCUUUUCUCUCUCAGUAUACUGUACAACCAUGGAUGAAUGUAUGACUGCAUGCACUUCCCACUCACGUCACGACACGGCGCCCAUCCCACCCUCAACCAACGAUACAACCAACCCCUCUCCCUCCCAAGACAAAAAACACACAUACACUGUCUGUCCGGUCCGUCCAUCCCUGUCUGUCCGUCCUCAUCUCUCCCGCCACUCAAUCACUGUCUGUCCCCUUGGCCAUGCUGCUGGCUGUCUGGCGGUGCCGCCGAGCUCGACGAGGCAGGCUGGCGCUGCAUGUCCCCCUCGUGACUCAACUGGCGCUGCAACUGAUCUGCACCCAUUACACACACGCACACACACACACGCGGUGUCUUUCCUUCAUGAUGCCUUGUGAGUGCGGUGCGGUGCGGUGCGGUGGUGACCUCUCCGUUCUCUCUUCCUCCGUUCGUACUCCUCGUCAUCGGUUGGCAGCUCAUACCGACACACAGGACAUGUGUUGUGCUGCUCAAGCCUGAACACGACACAACACAAGACACACCAACCACAACGACCAUUCCGCUGUGGCCUCCCUGCCUCCCUCCCCUCCCUCCCUCCCUCCGUGUUACCAUGGCCGGAUACAGGCGACGUGGAACAUGUGGCUGCACCACUCGGGAUUCUCUGAAAGUUUCCACGCAUCAUCGCCCUCCUUCAGGUAAUCCUGGCAAAUCGUGCACUCAAGGCCCGACGCUGCAACAGGGGAGGGAGCGAUGCAUUGUAUUUGCCGCCUGGCUUCUGGGCUCUGCAACCGAGUCAUACAUGUGAUGCUUUGCUUGCCUGCCUCCUCCUUGGUGAUUCUGUGGGUCGGCAUGUGCUCCAGGAUGUGGCGGGCCGUCGGCGGAGACCUGUUGGGCCUGCACGGCAUGAGAGAAGUACAGCACAGCACAGCACACCAUAACACAACACAGCACAAGACAAGACGACACAAUGAAGAGGAUAUGAGACUUUGUGGCGUGUGUUGUGUGUAGUACACACGUACAUUUCUUCUUGGUCCAUCAUGCUCUGCACGAUCCGCUCCAUGAAGCGAUCGAGCGAAAACGGACUGUCGCUGUCACCGCCACCGAACAUCAAACUGCCAAACAAGACAGACACAUGAACAACCAUACGACAAGGUGUGGAUCCGUCAACGCCAGCCGCUGCAUGCCCUCCCUGCUCGUUUGUCGUACUUGCUGAGGCUCUCCAGGAAGUGCUGGCUCUCAUCUUGGCCCUGGACGAAGUGGCCCCCUGUUGCUGUGGGCUCGUACCGCCACACCCUGGCUGUGCCGUACUGCUGAGGCCCACCCGACUGCGCCAUGAGGUUUGAGAAGAUCGUGCUGAAGGGGAAGGGCAGGCCGUUGGCAGCACCACUCCCGGACCCGUCUCCCCCUCCCCCUCGCCCUCUCCCCGUGUUGGCGUUGAGUCGCACGACCGUCAGCCCACCAUGCUGUGAGAUCUCAGGACCGCUGCCAGGCGGUGGCCUGUGUGGGGUGGGGGGGACGACACACAAAAGCAUAUAUCAAUGACAGACACACAUCGAUGUGAUUGAUGUAGGUGUCACUCUCGUCCAGACAUCUGGAGCAUGAGCUCACAUGUGCUGCGAGAAGGCAGAGAGCAGUUGGUGGAUGUUCGAUGGCGCUGGGAUGUCGCCGCCACUCCCCGCCAUCUGUGCGGGCUGUGACGGCUGCUGUGGCGGGGGUGGUGCUUGUGGCGCCUCUGGUUCGUGCUGCACAGGCUGUGUGGAUGCCGCCAUCGCACGUGAAAAAAGACUCAGCAGUGAGCCGAAGGGCAAACCACCACCGGGAGCAGCUGGAGAAUCCCCUGGUGCCGUGGCGGCCUCGUCCAGUUCCUCCACGAACCCCUCGCCACAUGUGUCGCAUACCACAUCACCUGAGGAGAGAGGAAGGCAACGCGCAAGCAUCCAUGCGUCUUCCUGCCUGCCUGUGUUGGUGGGUGUGUGUUUCAAACGCGUACCGGUAUCGGUUGUGUGGACAGACGCUCGCGUGUCACACGUGUGACAAAAGAAAGCCAUUCUCUCACACGCAGCCACGGAUAGAGAUUGAGCGACGAUUGAUC